ACUAUAGUUAUUAUCGUAUCAUCAAAGCAAACACUGCAGAGCUAUAAAAACUGCCCUGGGUGAGUCCUGCCUGAUUUGGAGGCUGCAAAGACCUAUAAAGGAUGAAGGCUUUUCUUCUUGCUGUCCUGGUCAUAGCCCUGAGCACGGAGCGUGCUUUCUCCCUGACAUGUUUCACAUGCAAAGAUGCAACUUCCAACAUGCAGUGUCUCAGUAUAACCACGUGUUCUGAUCAGGAGAAGUACUGUCUCACAACUUAUUCUUCCACUGGGCUUGGUAAUGACCGCAGUCAGCGUAUUACCAAGAAGUGUUCUGCAUUUUGUCCAUCGAUAAAUCUGAAUAUUGGUGUAGCAGGCGUUGCUACCAGCUGCUGCGAGACUUCCCUGUGCAACAUCAGUGGGGCCAGCAGUGUGAAAACCAGCUACACUCUGAUAGCUGUGGGCGCCUUGGCCAGUCUUGUCUGUGUCCUCCGGCUGGGGCUGUAAAGGGGUGGGGGGGAAAGAAGCUCCUUGGCCUUGCAUUGCAAGCAGUCAUCAUCUCUCCUGUACAGAGGUUUCUCUGAAACAUCACCCCGUUUCUCCUAACUGGCACUUCACACCCCAUUAGCAAAUAUUUUUGCUCUUACCAUGCUCUGAUGACCAUGGGUAAGAGCAUGGCCCUACCUCAAAAUGGUGGUGGGAAGAGAAAGUCAUGAUGUGGAGCCCUGUCCUUGCAUACGGGCACUGUGCGGGGACCAUCUCUCCUUUUACUAUUGGCCUAUACAACUAUGCAUUUAUUUUCCUUCAUUUUGGCCCUAUCUUUUGUCUAUGUCAUUUUUACCUUUAUACCAUUUUCUGUCCUGGAUCAUUUUGCUCUGAGGAAGCCUUUGAUAUUGUAGCUGUUUAACAGAAGCUGGGCACAAUAAAGUGUUAUUUUAGUCUA